CUUAAUUUUUUAAUGUUGUGUGCUGUGACGGUCUCACAGUUGUGUUGUAGUUUUGACAAACGGAAUGACGGAUGUACGGUGUGUUAUAUAUCUGAGAAAAAAAUUUACUGGAAAACAAUAAAAUGGGCUGUGAAUAAACUAUUUUUAUGUUAAAUGUGUGGUGUAAGCUUUUGUGUUUUGUCCAAAUUAUUUAAAUAUGUGUAAUGUACCGCCAAAGUUUUAUCAGUUGUGUCGGUUGUGUUUAUCUCACGAUAAGGAUAAUGCUUUAUUUAUCUUUGAUAAGGCGGCUAUGGAAAGAAAUAUUCUUAAGAAAAUCAUGACGUGUCUGUCAAUUCUGGUUUAUGAAAAAGACGAAUUGCCACAUGUAAUAUGUCUUAGCUGUACAGAACAAUUAGAAUGCUUGUAUAAAUUCCGUCAAUUGGCAAAAAAAACUGAAGACAUUCUACAUCAAUUUCUGGUUUACACCAAAGAACUAAAAGGAUCUGAAAAGGAAAAUAAGCAGCAAUCUGAAGAACUUCUUGAAAAUCUGACCACUUCCAUAAAUACUUUACCUCUUGAUUUUAAAAUAGAAAAACCAGUGAUACCUUUACAAAAAAAGGUUCCAAUCUCUCCUAGAGAACCAACAGAAGUAGUAGCAACAAAGCCAGUGGAAAUUAAAAAGGAACCUGUAUAUAAUGAUGAAGAAGACGUACCUCAUGAACCUAAGGAAUUUGAAAGUAGUAGUGGAAAUAUUGUUCCCAAAGUUGAAGUAAGUGAGACGCUUCUACCUCCUCAAGAUGUUUCUAUGGAUUUAUCCAAAGAUAAUACUGAAGAACAUCUGCGUGAACCGUUAAUAAAGGUAAAACCCCCCAGUGCUUUACAUUACACCCCCGAAAAUAGUAAUGUGGAGAUAUCAAAUAUUCCUAGGAUUAUAAGUCAAGAUUUCAGCCGGUUUGUAGAUAAUGACAAAAGUGACAAUACCAGUUCUAUUGAACCCACUGAUCUCUCGAAUAAGAAAACUGAAAAAUUAACAUGUGUGCCAGAAAUAAGUUACAUCAAAGAAGAAGCUGAUGCUGUUUCCCUUUCAAGCAAUAGCUCCGAUCCAGAACGAUUAGAGGUGGAUAUGUCUCAGGUAACCGAGGAGCAAAGCGAUUCAACAAAUAGCGCAACAUCUCCUAUUUCUGAGUCAGUGUUAAACCAAAAUGAAAUUGAUCCUUCAGUAUGGCAGACGCUUUCUCGAAAUGGUUAUAAUCCUCCUCUAAGUGGGGAAGCAAGCCAGUUACUGAGGAAGCUCAUAACCUGUCGAAAGUUAGGUAUGACCAUAACUCCAGCACAACCACAUGUUUUAAACUAUACUUUAUUUGAUGAGAGACAAGCACAAGCAGAUAGUAUUAAUCAAAAAAAUGCCUGUAGAAGAAAACAAAGCUAUCCUUCAAAAGCAACUGUUCCACCUGAAGGGGCACCGAUGGAACAAGAUAAUGAAGAAUAUGACUAUGGGCCUGAUAAUUCUCUUAUAUUAUGUAAUAUGGGAAAGGGAAAGAGAAUGGAAUUGAAACGAAUGGUAGCUAUAUCUUGUACAAAUUGUGGUACUCAGACGACGACGAUUUGGAGACGUAAUCUGAGAGGAGAGAUGGUAUGUAAUGCUUGUGGUCUUUAUUUCAAAUUACAUGGAAUUGACAGGCCUGUCACAAUGCGAAGAGACACAAUUCAUACACGACGUAGAAGGCCAAAAGCAGCAGAAUCAGAAAAACCUCCUCCCAAAGAAUAUACAGAACACAACCCAUUCAGUAAUCAUCCAGGACAAUUCAGAGGAAAAAUUGAUCAAUUCAGUCCAUUUAGUAAUCCUCCAGUUCACACAUACAAAGGAAAAAUUGUUAAAGGAUCUUCCAAAGAAAAAAGCAAUACAGAAUCAUCCGACACGGAAGAUAUGUUGAGUGCAUUGAGGCGUCAACUGCAACCUCAUUUGGUGAUGGCCUUACAAGGACAUCGAAAUAAUUUUAAUUCUAACUCGGACAGUAGUCCGAAGAUUCCGUCACGCGCACACAUACAGUUUCAGGGUCCACCUUUACCAAAUUUCUUGCCAUUAGAGAAAUCCAGUGGAGUCUCUACAAGGGAAGCCGUUUCCGAUGAAGACAGCAUAGCAGACCUACCGUUAAACCUUGUUUCAACACAUAUGACUGAGGGUGAAUUAAUUUAAAACAGUUUUCAUUAUUUACAGAUAAUUAGUUUUUACUAACAGUAUCCAGUGAUACCAGCUCUACUUAAUAGUAUUAGAUUUUUAAUGUAACCGUAACAUUGAGUUUUUUUACCAAAAUAAUAUUAAGGAACAGUUGUUAAAUGGAAAAAUUUGUACAUUGAAAAUGUGAAACUUUGGGGGAAAAGUUUGCUUAUAGCGACGUUGCCCGUCAAUGAACAUUUCUCCAAUUUGUGAUAAUUACGUAUUUAUCAUUGGUAUGACUGGCGGUCUUUGUAAAUUGUGUUUGCCAGCUGGAGAAUGAAUUGAUAAUUAAAUAAUUUUGUAACCAUGAAUUCAAAACCAUUAAGCAUUGAAUUAUUACAAUUUUAGCAACUGUAAGUUAUACAAUUCUUCAAAAAGCAAAUGUAAACCAGUAUCCAAAAGCUAAUAUUUUAGAGGUACUUAAACUAUCAAUUCAGAAUUCUCCUUUUUUUCUGUUGAAAAUUAUUUAAUUCAAAAAUAUUGAAUUUUAAAUGACACGAAAAUAUGGUGGAUAAAUUUGAAAAAUUCAGGACGCACUAUCUUAAGAUUUUUAGCACUUUUUUGAAGUUAGUGGUUAUACUUUUGAGGAACUUGUCGUUCACGAUGAAUUAAUGAAAAAUGUUGUCAGUGAGUUGAUAUUUCUCUAAAUAUUAAGUUUUUUAUUUUCCACUUGUUUUUGAAUAAGAACUUUCAAGUCACUCACCAAUUCCACCAUUUAAAUCACUUUGUAAAAAUUCAAGACUAUAUGUGCCAAACGAACUAAAUGAGUAAUGAAGAAUUGUCCUGAAAAGUCCUGUAUGUAUAUGACUUGAUUGGGUGUAGAUAUAGCUUAGGGAAUACAUUGUACUGCAACUUAAUGGUGUAUUGUGCUCCCUAUAAAAAGUAUUUUAAAGUUGUUAAAUAUUUAAGAAACAUUUUUGUUUAAAAUUGGGAGAGUAUAUAGGAAAGGAAACUUUCUGAAAAAUAUUGAUGGAUACAUAAGUUUUGAUGAUUUUUCAGAAAGUAAUAGAGAUAUAGAAUUCAUAUAUUAUGUAAAAAUACUUGUUUCUUAUUUUCCAGAUGACUAGUUUACUUAGGCCUGAAGAAAUUUGGUUCUGAAAUUUAUUUGCAUUCAUUAUUUAAAAUGUAAGUAAAUUAUUCAAUUUUAAGUAGAAGCUAUCAGUGUCGGUUACAUCACUGACUGAAAUUUGUAAAUCUAUACCAAAAAAGGCAAAAUUUAUAAUAAAAUAACCAUUUAUUUGAAAAAACGAACUAAUGGAAUUUGACUUUUAUAGCCUCUCUGUCGGCACACUCUUUAGUAAGUUUUCAAAAACUGGGAUAAUCACAUUCUGAUCAGACAAAAAGAUUUUAGAUUUUUUUUGGAAU